UUAGCUCUGCCCUAAGUGGCAGCUAAACUCCAUAAUCCGCCACCAUGGGUCGAAUGCAUGGUCGAGGGUCUGCUCUUCAAUCGCCUUGCCAUCCUAUGGAAUCAAUUUUACAAUAUUCUCUAUAAAACCUAAUUAACUUAUGACUAAUCGACUUCCACAAUUUGAGAAUCAUCAUCAUCUUCCUUGGCGGUCACAUACAUAAAAGAGUCAGAGGUAGAUCUUCCGAUGUGGAGUUGUGGGAGGAGCAACAACAUAUUCAGUAUCAGAAUUCUACCCUUCUGCCGUUUUCAUAUAUAUCCGGCUCCUAUUUCUUCCAUCUCUCUGUUCUCCACCACCACCACUAUGGACAAUGCUAACCAGUCCUCAUCCUUCACUUCUUUCGCCCAUUCUAGUCGAAGUGGCGGCUGUGUUGGUGGAAGAGGAAAGGGUUGGGAAAACGAUCGAGAAAGGUCAAAGGGCCGUGGUGGCGGCGGUAGGGGUGGCAAAGAUAAAAUUGAUGCUCUUGGUAGACUCUUGACACGCAUCUUGCGUCAUAUGGCCUCAGAGUUAAACCUGAACAUGCAAAGUGAUGGAUAUGUCAAAGUCCAGGAUUUGCUAGAGCUGAAUAUGAAAACCUUUGCCCAAAUUCCAUUGACAUCACACACAGUUGAUGACAUCAGGGAGGCUGUCAGAAAAGAUAAUAAACAGCGGUUUAGCCUCCUGGAGGAAAAUGGGGAGCUUUUGAUACGUGCAAACCAAGGCCACACAAUAACGACAGUUGAAUCUGAGAGGUUGUUGAAACCUAUCCUUUCAGCUGAAGAAGUUCCAGUGUGUGUACAUGGAACAUAUAAAGAGUAUAUGGAAUCUAUUUUGGAGCUUGGUUUGAAGCGUAUGAAAAGAUUGCAUGUUCACUUCUCAAGUGGCUUGCCUACUGACGGUGAAGUAAUCAGUGGUAUGAGACGGGAUGUUAAUGUUUUGAUCUUUCUUGAUGUCCGAAAAGCUCUAGAAGAUGGAAUGAAACUUUACAUAUCAGACAACAGGGUAAUCUUGACUGAAGGUUUUGAUGGUGUGGUGCCAGUUAAGUACUUUGAAAAGGUGGAAUCAUGGCCAGAUAGACGACCUAUAUCAUUGUAAACUGAGAUUUAAUUUAUGACCCUUAUUAUAUUGGUCUUUUUAUUCCUGUACUCAGUAUAGAAACAUGUAUGAUUAGCUUCGCAAUAAGUCCCACCACCACCAUUAGAAAUCGUAAUGUGAAGAAGAUAUUUUCUUCUUUUUCCGGAGAAGAAAAACCUGUGCAUGAUGGUUAGGAUUGCAUCCAUCCCAAUUUCACCUGAUGUGUAAGUGGAGGUUACGAUGGGGGAUUGAGGAUUAGUUAUGAAACACGAGUGCUGAGUAUAGAAUUUUUUUUA